AUGAAGAGUGCUCAAGAGUUGGAGUUGCCGCCGGGGUUCAGAUUUCAUCCGACGGAUGAGGAGCUGGUGAUGCAUUAUCUCUGCAGGAAGUGCGCUGCACAGAGUAUUGCUGUUCCGAUUAUUGCUGAGAUUGAUCUUUACAAGUUUGAUCCAUGGCAGCUUCCUGGUAUGGCUCUUUAUGGUGAAAAAGAGUGGUACUUUUUCUCCCCAAGGGACCGGAAGUACCCCAAUGGUUCCCGGCCGAAUCGGGCUGCCGGAACCGGAUAUUGGAAGGCUACUGGAGCCGAUAAGCCAAUCGGGAAGCCAAAGGCACUCGGAAUAAAGAAGGCACUUGUGUUCUACGCCGGAAAAGCUCCUAAAGGAGUGAAAACCAAUUGGAUAAUGCACGAGUAUCGCCUAGCCAAUGUGAAUAGGUCAGCUGGAAAGAGAACCAAUAUGAGGUUGGAUGAUUGGGUGUUAUGUCGAUUAUAUAACAAGAAAGGUAUACUGGAGAAACAUUACAAUACGGAACAAAAUACGUCAACGUUAUCGGAAGAGAUAGAAGAACAAAAGCCGAAAAUCUUGUCAUUUGCUCAUAAUGGAAUGACAUUGCCACCACCGAUAAUGGAUGAUUACUUGCAUUUUGACCCGUCGGAGUCAAUACCGAGGUUACACACGGACUCGAGUGGCUCGGAGCAUGUGGUAUCGCCCGAAUUCACGUCUGAGGUCCAAAGUGAGCCCAAAUGGAGUGAGCUGGAGAAGGCCCUUGAUUUUCAGCUGGAUUACAUGGGUGGCUUUGGAGAUGACAUUUUCGCCUCUAGAAUGCAAUAUGGUGACCAACUGUGGCCAAUGGAGGACAUGUUCGUGAACUUGCAGAAGCCAUUCUAGCCGUUCGAUCAAAUCAAUGUCGGCCCAAAAAACAAUUUUAUUACAUAGAUUUCAUUUUCACACCAGAAAUUUGAUGGUGGCACAGCAAAAUCUUUGUCACUCUUCAGGUGGAGGUGACAUUAAUCUUAGGAACUAGAAAAAUAGAUGUAGUCAAGUAUAAUAAUCACCUUGGAAAAACGAAAAAGCAUGAUGGGCUGGAUCAAAUGGGCCAAAUUGGCCUUCACAGACAUAGUCAGAUGGGCUGCAAUUGGGUGUGCUGCCAUGGAGAUUAUGUUCAUACGAAUUGGUCAAUCUAGUGGUAGAGGGUCAAGACUUGGUGAUCAGAGGGGCAGAUUGUAAGAUGUGCCCUAUGUUAAUAUAUGUAUCGCAUGUAGGAUAUUCUUAAUUUUUUAUUUUUUCUUUUGGAGUGUAACAAAAUUAAUUUAUUUUUAUUAUGAAUUGAAUUUUCAGAAGAG